UCGGCGCCCCGCGGCGCCCCCCGGUCCCGCCCGCCAUGCCCGGCCCAGCCGCGGGCAGCAGGGCCCGGGUCUACGCCGAGGUGAACAGCCUGAGGAGCCGCGAGUACUGGGACUAUGAGGCUCACGUCCCGAGCUGGGGUAAUCAAGAUGAUUACCAGCUGGUUCGAAAACUCGGUCGGGGAAAGUAUAGUGAAGUAUUUGAGGCCAUUAACAUCACCAACAAUGAGAGAGUGGUUGUAAAAAUUCUCAAGCCAGUGAAGAAAAAGAAGAUAAAACGAGAGGUUAAGAUUCUGGAGAACCUUCGUGGUGGAACAAAUAUCAUUAAGCUGAUUGACACUGUGAAGGACCCUGUGUCAAAGACACCAGCUUUGGUAUUUGAAUAUAUCAAUAAUACAGAUUUUAAGCAACUCUACCAGAUCCUGACAGACUUUGAUAUCCGGUUUUAUAUGUAUGAACUACUUAAAGCUCUGGAUUACUGCCACAGCAAGGGAAUCAUGCACAGGGAUGUGAAACCUCACAAUGUCAUGAUAGAUCACCAACAGAAAAAGCUGCGACUGAUAGACUGGGGUCUGGCGGAAUUCUAUCAUCCCGCCCAGGAGUACAAUGUCCGCGUAGCCUCCAGGUACUUCAAGGGACCAGAGCUCCUUGUGGACUAUCAGAUGUAUGAUUAUAGCCUGGAUAUGUGGAGUUUGGGCUGUAUGUUAGCGAGCAUGAUCUUUCGAAAGGAGCCCUUCUUUCAUGGACAGGAUAACUAUGACCAGCUUGUUCGCAUUGCCAAGGUUCUGGGUACAGAUGAGCUGUAUGGGUAUCUGAAGAAGUAUCACAUAGACCUAGAUCCACACUUCAAUGAUAUCCUGGGACAACAUUCACGGAAACGCUGGGAAAAUUUUAUCCAUAGUGAGAACAGACACCUCGUCAGCCCUGAGGCCCUAGAUCUUCUGGACAAACUUCUGCGAUAUGACCAUCAACAGAGACUGACUGCCAAAGAGGCCAUGGAGCACCCAUACUUCUACCCCGUGGUGAAGGAGCAGUCCCAGCCUUGUGCAGAUAAUGCUGUACUUUCCAGUGGUCUCACGGCGGCCCGAUGAAGACUGGAAAGCGACGGGUAAUGCGGCAUUGAUGCUUGCCAAUAAAACCAACCAACCAAACACAAACCUUGAAGGAAAACUACAGUGUGAUAAAAAGAAAUUCUAGCCAUUCCUUCUAAACGCAAAGAAGAGUAAAGACCUAAAAGUCUGUCAAAAAGAAAGAAACUCCCCAGCACUAGUCUACAGGGAACUGCUGUUUGGCAGCCUGACGAUGCACAUAGUUGGGUAUCUGAGGGGACUUUCCCUUUGGAAUGCAUGGGAGAUGAGAGACUCGGAGUUGUUGUACAUUUACCUUUAUUUAACAGGAGACCACUGUUGAAUUAACCUGUUCAAGUCAACAAGCUCUGAAUAUCUGACUUCCUAUCUAUUCCACUGUGGUCUGGGUUUCCUUUGGUGAGAUUCAGGCUCAAGUUUUAGCAAAAUGUCAGCAGUCUAUAGUGACACACCAGCCUCAUUCACGAAAAGGAGAUACUAAAACAGUGACAGUAUUUUUUUUCUAAGCUCUUUUACAAAUUCAUGUUUUAUGUUUUUUUUUUUUUUUUAAUGACAUGAGCUCUCUGGGAAAUGUACCUCAUCCCUGCAGUUUUCUUCUAAGUGUAUUCAUUUGGGAGCAAACUGCAGUCACUCUCACAGGAGUCCCCUUUGAUGUCAGGAGACAUCACUUUAAACCUUCUGAUGCCAUGGACAGGUCCAUCUGUCUCAUCAAAAGUUGGAUGCUAAGUGCAUAACUUGGAGCUCAGUGUAACCUUCGUUGAUUUGCCUAACCAUAAAAUCUUGUUGCUAUUUUUUUCAUGUAGCUUUUUUUCCCCAGCCUCUUAAGGAAAACUUCAUUUCCUAGCACAUCCCUGUGUGUGCACCUAUUUUAACGCACGUCUCUGAAACAAAGACUUUUUGUUCACAACCAUAACUAAAGCUGGAAAGUCAGUCUUCAGGGAGGUCAGGGAGGGAGAAAAAAAAGCGUCCUUAUUAGAAUUUAUUCAGGAAAGACAGAUUGGGUGGGAAAAAAACAAGUACUCCCCUCCCAUGCUUUACCCCUUUUUAUUCCCAUGAGAAACAGUUUCCCUCUGUAAUCAGGGUAAUCUGCAUUUUUAAGCUCUGAUAGGUAAUACAUGAAUGUGUUGGCAGAGAUAAGUCUUUCUCACGUGCAGGGACUGGAGUUGUGUGGGCAGGGCCACCCACCGAUAACCCAAGCGACCGGAGAGAGUAGCAUACAAGCGACUUGGGGAAAGGAGUGGAGCUGCUGGGGCAAGUAUCAAAGCUUGGGAUCCAUUGUGCUAGCCUUCACGUUAGCAAAGGAAGCUAUAUUUUGUUUAAGAAAAUUAAAAAAAAAUAGAGCUGAUGUCACUCUGGGGACUUGUCAUCAACAUAGUUUGCAAGCAGUCCCCUGACCCCAGCUGCAGGGCCAUGCUACAGCUGUGGGGACCUCUCACACUAGGCUGGAGCUCAAGGUGUCUACCACCACAUCACACUUUAGGAUUUCUUUAUUACUAUUUAAUAAUGCCAUACAUUUUUAUAAGGUUAGGUUGUUUGAAAACAUCUGUUUACAUUCCAUAUCCCAAUAAAAUCGUAUUGGUAUUGGUAGCAGGUCCUAUCUCUAAAUGUAGAUGCUAUAUUUGUUGUUUGGUCAGUGGGAACUUCAAAUAAAACAAGAUCCCAAAGCCAGGAAAUGCAUUCAGUUAAGGUUCUCAUACCAAUGCUACCUGCCUUCAUUGCACAUUCUGUAUAUUAAUGUAUACAUUUGUUCUACCUGAAAAUCAAAAACAAGACAGGAGCUCUUGGGUGAACCUAUAUUGAUAUGUCAGGCAGCAAAACUCAGUGUUUUGGAUUAUCAAAAGCCUUCUAAUGUGCCCUUCUAGGCAACACCGAACUGUUGGUUAUUAUUUAUCAGGGAGAUGUGCCACUGUGUGUCUUUCCUGCCCCACCCAUCUCCUCCUUUGUCACCCAUUCCCUCCCCCCACCCUUCUUUUUUUUUUUUUUUUUUUUUAAAUUGCUGGUCUGGACCAGGCAGAGGAAGCCUACUGGAGGGUCUUGGUGAAGUAGUAACCCCGUUUCUUUCUCUUGGGUCCCCACAGAGGCAGUAAAAGCAGCGGAGAAGAGUCAGGUGACUUGACUUCUGUCUCUCCUCUGGUCAUGAUGUAGUAGAUGCAAACACAGCUCACCUGCCUGUCCUUGGGUUCUGUGACUGCAGCUUGGCAAAGGAGUAAUUCUUCCAUUUUAUGUGUACAGUUUACUUUUCCACCACCUAUAUUUUUUACCUCUCUUCAUGCCUUAGACAUAUAGCAUAACUGAGUUUAAAAUGCUCACUCCUUUCUGAGUCUGGUCUUGACACCCAACUUCUGGCUGACUGACUGACUGUGGGUGGUUCUUUCCCAAACUGAACUGAGUCUCGUCCAGACCUUUCCUCCUUUACCUAUCUCCAGAACCAUUUUGUGUCCAGAUGGACCUAGCUCCCCUGAGAUUUUAGAGUAUUUACCUGGGUUAGGAGGCAGUCUUGGAGAGUUCCAAAAGAGGGAUGAGAGCGUGCGUGUGUGUGAGUGAGUCUAAUCUUACAUUUAGACAAAGCUGUGGUAGAUUUACCCACCCAAUAUCCUUUUCGGUUAGCAUAUUAUUUCUUAAAUUCAUCUCAGUAAUUUUCAUUCGACAUUUUGUUUGCUUCAUUACCUUGUAACAGGUUAAAAGUGCCUAUGAUAAGGACCUAUUAUUUCCUAAAGAAAAGCAAAAAAAUGUGGCGAACAGGGUAGUGUUACACUGUCAUCUCAGGUACUGCCUGUGUUCAAGAACAUAGACCCGGUAUGGUGAGAACGGAAGGUUCCCGUGCCAAAUACAGAUCGGUGUAUCAGAGGUUGUUGGCCACAGGUGAGCAUAACUGCAAGGUUUUGCUUCAGCUGAGAAAUCCCAUGGCGAGAGCAGAACUGAUGAAGUGCAAAUACUUUCAUCAGGUUUGCUUGCAGUUCACUCUCCCCGUGAUCCUAUCAGCUGGCCUGCCCCUGUCCUAUCCUAGCCCCGUGGUAAGUGACCAGGUGGGAGCAGCCAAUGAGUGUAUAACGCAGACCAAGCAUUCCCGGGUCAUCUUACCACUUAGAGGAGUGCCAGAGCCAGUUCUGUGAGGCACGUGAACCUCAGUCACUCUACUGGGUCUCCUCACAGGCAUUCUCCAGCACGUUGGUACUCACGAGGCUCAAAGCAUAUGUAUUCCCUUGCAGAGAAGGAAGGUGCUCUCCAACUGAUUGAUUAGAGGAGACAGAAGAGCUUAUAAUCCUUGGGGGCAGGGAGAGAGGACAGGAGAGGGGGCUGUUAAAAGAAGAAAGGGAAUCAGUAAAAACAGUUGAAAGGUAGAUCUUGAGGUGGGGGAACAUGACUUCUUGAGGGAAGAAAGCAAGGGAGCACAAAGUUCAAGUUCUGGAACGUGCCCUGAGUUCUGGAACGCCCCCAGGAUUGGUUCCAGUGGGACUGCAAGGUGGUGCUCUUGAGGCAGAUGCUGAGUCCCAGAGAGAGCCAGCCCAUGGCCGUGGGUCUCAGUCUGCGUCUACUCAGGGAAAUGACUUAGCUUCUCCCAGGUGCUGCUUUGAUGAGGAUGGAAGCAAAAUUAUUUUGGGACACAAACAAUUGGAAGAAUUUUUAUAUAUGCAUUGAAAUGGAUGUGAGAGAGCCCAGUUGACAGUCUCCUUUAAUGCCAGUUCAGAUUAAUGAUUCGUUUAGGAACCUGUGUUACUGCAUGAGCACUCACAGGAAAAAGCAAUCUUCCCUCCUACAAAUUAACAGGAGUGGAUGGUAACUGAUCGGAGUCAAGGCCAUUGAGAUAUAAACCCGAAAGCAAAAGCAGGGUCCAUAUGAGCACACAAGAAGCCAAAGUUUGUCAGUGAGCUUAAUAAAUCUAAGACUGAGUGACAUCUUGCCAUUAAAACUAACCCCAGGGUAGGGAUGAGGGGAGGGGAGGUGGCGAGGAAACAUCUGGCUUAAGAAAACCAGUAAUAACAUAUGCUUUGGAGCUACGUGAAUGUGUCAGUGAAAAUGACCCCAACCAGGUAUUGUAGAGGCAGGGGAAAGUGAUGUUAUGGGAUUAUACAGGUGAUGCAUACUUUUGUGUAGAGAAUCAACAAUGUGCUACAAAUGUGAUACUUAAUCCUGAACUGCAUGUAUUGGGGAUUGUUUUUUUUUUUUUUUAAUUCAUUGAAUCAAUAAAUUAACAGUUUUUCA